UCUCUCUCUCUUUAUAAAGUUUUGCAAAGUAUAGACUUGAAGAAAAAAAAUGAUGGAAGAGUUGGUUAAUAUGAGAAAGCUAAUAAUAAUAAUAAUAAUGUUGGGUUUGCUCACAUUAUCGUCAGUUUGUUGGGCUGUCAACGAUGAUGAGGAUCAACCACUAUCCAAGAUCAACAUUCUCAAAACCGAGCCUGCUUUCCUUGACUCUGCUUCAAUUUCUGUUCAACAUCUUCGUUUAUUCGGCCAUCAAAAGGGACAUCUUGAAACUGAACUAGAUGCCGAAUGAGUGACUGUGACUGUUACAAACCCUAAACCCGCCAACGACGACUGGGUUGGUGUUUUUUCUCCUGAGAAAUUCAACUCAUCAAAUUGCCCACCGAAAGGACCAGAUGACAAAGAGCUAGAAAGACCAUACAUAUGCUCUGCCCCAAUAAAGUAUCAAUACGCGAAUUAUUCGACCAACAAUUAUGCAUGGACUGGGAAAGCGACCUUGAAGUUCUUGCUGAUUAAUAUGCGAACAAUAUUUUCUUUUGCUUUAUUUUCAGGCAGCCUCUCCUCUGUCUGUUCCUCUUAAUUAACCUUUCUUUUUUUAAUUACUUGUAGUAUUAUUUUAUAUCCUAUUCUUAUCAUCAUCAUAAUUAUUUUUGUUUAAAUAUAAAAAUAUUUGCAGCCCAAAUUGGUGACAAUUUCAAAUGUGCUAUCAGUAUUUCCCAAUCUAAAAGCACCUCUUUAUCCACGCCUUGCUCUCGGAAAGUCCUGGAAUGAAAUGACAGUGACAUGGACGAGUGGUUAUAACAUAGAUGAAGCUGUGCCAUUUGUUGAAUGGGGUCUUAAAGGAGAAACUCAAGUUCGAUCACCUGCUGGAACUUUGACAUAUGAUCGCAACAGCAUGUGUGGUGCACCUGCAAGAACAGUUGGUUGGCAUCAUCCCGGUUUCAUACAUACAAGUUUUCUUAAAGACUUGUGGCCAAAUUCUCAGUACUCUUAUAGAUUGGGUCAUCGUUUACUCAAUGGUUCAUACAUAUGGAGCAGAUCUUACUCUUUCAAAUCGUCACCAUAUCCUGGAGAAGACUCUUUACAACGGGUUAUAAUAAUGGGUGACAUGGGAAAGGGUGAGCGAGAUGGGUCCAAUGAGUAUGGUAAAAGCCAACCAGGCUCACUCAACACCACAGACCAACUCAUAGGAGACCUUAAAAACUAUGACUUACUUUUUCAUAUUGGUGAUAUGGCAUAUGCUGAUGGAUACCUCUCUGAGUGGGACCAAUUCGUAGCACAAGUUUCACCUAUUUCUUCAGUUGUGCCUUAUAUGGUUGCAAGCGGUAAUCAUGAACGUGAUUGGCCAAACACAGGAUCCUUUUGGGACAAUACUGACUCAGGCGGUGAAUGUGGUGUGCCAGCUGAGACUCUCUACUAUGUUCCAGCUGAUAACCGAGCAAAAUUUUGGUACUCGGCAGAUUAUGGGAUGUUUAAAUUUUGUGUAGCUGACAGUGAGCAUGAUUGGAGGGCAGGAUCAGAACAGUACAAAUGGAUUGAAAAAUGUCUUGCAUCAGCAGAUAGAAGAAAACAACCUUGGUUGAUCUUCAUAGCUCAUCGUGUGCUUGGCUAUUCUUCUAACUCUUGGUAUGGCGAAGAGGGCUCCUUUUCAGAGCCAGAGGGAAGAGAUGAUCUCCAAAAACUUUGGCAAAAAUAUAAAGUUGACAUUGCUUUCUUUGGCCAUGUCCACCACUAUGAAAGGAUAUGCCCCAUUUAUCAGAACCAAUGUGUCAAUAAAGAAAAAUCACAUUACAGUGGUGUUGUAAAUGGAACAAUUCAUGUGAUUACCGGAGGAGGAGGAAAAAACUUGGCCAAGUUUAGUAGCUUGACUCCAAUUUGGAGUAUCUUCAGAGAUUAUGAUUGGGGAUUUGUCAAGCUUACAGCCUUCAAUCACUCAUCUCUUCUCUUUGAAUACAAGAAAAGUCGUGAUGGUAAGGUCUAUGACUCCUUUACCAUUUAUAGGGAAUACAAGGAUGUUUUGGCCUGCGUCCACGACAGUUGUGAACCAACCACUUUGGCUCAUUAAUUACACCUCUAUUAAUUAAUUUAUCAUCAAGCUUGUCCCACACAUCCUAUCUAUAUAUAUUUAUGAUAAUAAGGACAAGGAGUUUGAUGGUUUUGAAAGUUGAACUUUGUAUUGUACUGAGACUUUGUCAAGGAGUGAGUGAGAGUACUGUAUUAUAUCGUUAUCAUCUGUGUGUAUUAAUUAAUGAUUUCUCUAGCUUAA